UCUGCAUCAGCAUGAAGAUGAACACCUAUGGCUCUCUCUUUGCCUUUUUUCUGGCGUCUAAUGUUGCUACAGGUUUGAUCCAUGAAGCUGUGGAAGUGGCCGAGAACCUCAUCAUCACUUGUCCUCUCAGUGUGGAGGGUAAAGUGACGUGGAGCAGAGAGAUACAUAGAAGGAAAGUUGACUUACUUACAUCUUAUGGUGACGCAGAAAUACGACACAUCCGUGAUGCGGACAGGUACAGUUCGUUUGCAGAUGGGUUCCUGCUAAUUGUUGGCACUUCUGUGUCAGACUCUGGAACAUACCUGUGUAAUAAUCAAGCAGCUGUGGAGCUGACAGUCAUCCCAUCAGGAACGACAAGACGCAUCAUUUCAGAGAAGACGACGAGCACUCUGCACUGUCCUCAUGAUGCUGAAGAGUCGCAUGUCCCAGUAUGGAGCAGAAAACUCAGAGGACAGCAGCGACACAUCAGCCCUCACUCUUUCACUGUGGACCAGAUGUUGAUCAUUACAGAUGUUCAGCUUGGUGAUUCGGGACUGUACUACUGUGAUGGGAAACCUGCUGUUUAUCUGGAUGUGAUCAAAGAUGAGAGAUCUGAGAGAGGUAUCUUCUAUGAAGUAGCUGAGGUGAUGCAGAAGGUCGUUUUGACUUGUCCUCACAUCGUGGAGGGUAAAAUAACGUGGAGCAAAGAGAGGUAUGGAAUGGAAGUUGAUAUAUUCACAACCAGCAACGACAGAAGUGUAACAGACUUUAAUGAGCAUGAAGGCUACAACUCAUGGGUGGGGUCGCUGCUCAUUCGUAACACUUCCACCUCGGUAUCUGGAAGAUACUUCUGUGACAGGAAACCAGCCGUGGAACUGAUAGUCCCCCCAUCAGGAACAAGGAUACGUGUUGUGUCAGAGUGGACCAACACUGUUCUUACUUGUCCACAUGUUGAUGGAGGAUCAGAUGUUCAGACGUGGAGCAGAGAACUCAGAGGAGAACAACAGCACAUCUGGCCCAAUGCUUUCACUGUGAAUCACCUGCUGUUUAUCAACCAUGUUCAGCCUGCUGACUCUGGACUGUAUUACUGUGAUGGGAAACCAGCUGUCUAUCUGCACGUGACCACAGAUGAGCGCUCUGACAGAGGAGAGAAAAACAUACCCCCACCACCACCCCAACAAACAACAGCACCACCUGCAGGAGAAAACUCAAGUAUGACAACAAUAAAAAUACUGCCAGCUGCCAGUGCUACCCCUCAGACUUCCAGCAGACCCACCCGUGGUUUGAUCCAUGAAGCUGUGGAAGUGGCCGAGAACCUCAUCAUCACUUGUCCUCUCAGUGUGGAGGGUAAAGUGACGUGGAGCAGAGAGAUACAUAGAAGGAAAGUUGACUUACUUACAUCUUAUGGUGACGCAGAAAUACGACACAUCCGUGAUGCGGACAGGUACAGUUCAUUUGCAGAUGGGUUCCUGCUAAUUGUUGGCACUUCUGUGUCAGACUCUGGAACAUACCUGUGUAAUAAUCAAGCAGCUGUGGAGCUGACAGUCAUCCCAUCAGGAACAACAAGACGCAUCAUUUCAGAGAAGACGACGAGCACUCUGCACUGUCCUCAUGAUGCGGAAGAGUCGCAUGUCCCAGUAUGGAGCAGAAAACUCAGAGGACAGCAGCGACACAUCAGCCCUCACUCUUUCACUGUGGACCAGAUGUUGAUCAUUACAGAUGUUCAGCUUGGUGAUUCGGGACUGUACUACUGUGAUGGGAAACCUGCUGUUUAUCUGGAUGUGAUCAAAGAUGAGAGAUCUGAGAGAGGUAUCUUCUAUGAAGUAGCUGAGGUGAUGCAGAAGGUCGUUUUGACUUGUCCUCACAUCGUGGAGGGUAAAAUAACGUGGAGCAAAGAGAGGUAUGGAAUGGAAGUUGAUAUAUUCACAACCAGCAACGACAGAAGUGUAACAGACUUUAAUGAGCAUGAAGGCUACAACUCAUGGGUGGGGUCGCUGCUCAUUCGUAACACUUCCACCUCGGUAUCUGGAAGAUACUUCUGUGACAGGAAACCAGCCGUGGAACUGAUAGUCCCCCCAUCAGGAACAAGGAUACGUGUUGUGUCAGAGUGGACCAACACUGUUCUUACUUGUCCACAUGUUGAUGGAGGAUCAGAUGUUCAGACGUGGAGCAGAGAACUCAGAGGAGAACAACAGCACAUCUGGCCCAAUGCUUUCACUGUGAAUCACCUGCUGUUUAUCAACCAUGUUCAGCCUGCUGACUCUGGACUGUAUUACUGUGAUGGGAAACCAGCUGUCUAUCUGCACGUGACCACAGAGGAGCGCUCUGACAGAGGAGAGAAAAACAUACCCCCACCACCACCCCAACGAACAACAGCACCACCUGCAGGAGAAAACUCAAGUAUGACAACAAUAAAAAUACUGCCAGCUGCCAGUGCUACCCCUCAGACUUCCAGCAGACCCACCCGUGCUGCUGAUCACCUGUGGCACAUGACUGUCCGUACACUGAUUGGACUGCUCUGCUUAACCAUCAUGAUCAGCAUCACUGCUGUUACCUGGAGGAAAGCUCGACGGAUAGAGAAACAGAAGAGAGACACAGAAGCAGAAACCGGCCUGUGAUCCUCCAUCAUGCAGAAACAAGAGCCGUACAGACUGAAUUGGGAUCAGUUCAUCGUCAUCCAGUCACACAGCACACAGCCAUCCUGAACCUCAGAGUGACGACAGAUUGUUCAGCAUGUGAUCCAAACUUUCAGUGACCUUUGUCUCUCUCUCUUAUGUGUCGCAGACUAAACUGAGGUUAAACUGGAUAAAAGAAAAGAAAUUCAGUUAAUUGAAACUCAAAAGUAACAUAUUAAAGUACAUGUAAAGUAUUUGCUGCUCUGCCCUCUCAAUAUCCUGCAGCUCAACAGUUUCUGUCCCAUCACAGUCUAAUUUCUUUGUCUUUGCUCUUUCUGUUUCUGGAGCUGUGCUGUAUUUAGUCAACAGGCAUUAAAAACAUGUUAGAAGCUCAGUUUAGUUUUAGAUCUGUUACAUUCACUGCUUUCAAAUAGAGUGAGUCCAUUUUUGAUUUGUGUUGUUUGUGUCGAUGUUGUUUGAGUAAAAACGUAAACUUAC